AUGGAACUUCCACCGACUUUCAUCACCUGGAUUGAAGCUUGUUACUCAGAAGCUAGAUACUCCAUCUCCUUCAAUGGCAGUCUGAUUGGCUACUUCAAGGGCACAAGGGGUAUUAGGCAGGGUGACCCCCUAUCUCCUUUCUUAUUUGUUCUCUCAAUGAAUGUGCUCUCAAGACUUCUAAACUUAGCUGCGGUAAGAGGAAAUGUGGAAUCUGUUAUUGGAGUCAUCAGUGUCAUAGACAAAUUUUAUGAACUGUCUGGACUACAGCUUAAUGCGGCCAAAUGUGAAUUUUAUGCUGUUGGUAUCCCAAUAAAUAUUACAGAGACAAUUCACAGAAUCACAGGCUUCACACAUGGUAGCCUACCUGUGAGAUACUUGGGGGUGCCCCUAGUAACGAGAAAACUAUCUGAAAAGGACUGUGUAGUCCUCAUUGAUAAAAUCAAAUCCAAGCUCCAUCACUGGCAGUUAUUUUUACCGCAGUCUAUUAUAAACAGAUCCGAGCAACUCUGCUCUCGCUUUCUCUGGAAAGGUUUUGACAAGGCUGCCACUGGAGCUAGAGUUAGCUGGAAAUUGAUUUGCCACUUGAAAUCUGAAGGAGGGCUUGGCUUAAAGGACUUAAAAACAUGGAACAAAGCGUGUAUGAUUCAACUCAUUCGAAACAUCUUAGCAGGAAAGGGCUCACUAUGGGUUGCUUGGGUCAAAUCCUAUGUUUUAAAAGAUAAAGACUUCUGGCAGUCAGAAUGUGGUACUAAUGCUAGUUGGAGCUUGAGAAAACUGCUAAGCCUUAAAAGAGAAGCACAAACUGUUUUUUCUGCAGGAGCAUUGACAACUCGCGUCAUAUGGGAUACGACUAGAGUAAAGAGAGACAAAGUUAAUUGGCAUAAUCUAAUCUGGUUUCCUCUACACAUACCAAAACACAACAUGAUUGCUUGGAUAGCUAUCUUGGAUAGACUUCCAACUAAGAAUAGGCUUCAACAUAUGGGCAUUUUAUCCGAUGGCUUGUGUGUUCUGUGCAAUGAUGAUAUGGAGACGAGAGACCAUCUGUUCAUCGAAUGCUCAUUGUUGGAUUCCCUUUGGAAGGCCAUUCUGCAUCUCUCAGGAUUAAGGCCAUCUUCUUCGUCCUGGAACAACUUAUUAGCAUCGGCUUCUCAUGCUUGGAAAGGUAAAUCUUUACUUAUCACUAUUUUGAAACUUGCAUUGUGUGCAUUUCUCUAUUCUCUAUGGGAGGAACGAAACAGAAGGUUGUUCAAAGGAAACUCCAGGAAUGAAGCUGAAAUUCUUAAAGUUAUCAAGGAGAUAGUCGGAACUCAACUUAGAGGUCGGAAUAUUAAUAUACUUGAUAGUGUCAAUAUAACUCUUUGUAAGAAUUGGAGUAUUGAAUAA